AACAUUAAAUAUAGAGGCUAGUGCAGGAGCCGGAAGGCGUAAAGAUAAAGGACUACCCAUUGCAGUUUUGCCUUAGCGUUUCAAUUGGCUUUUAGUACGAGACCACCGCACUACAGAACACACCCCGGUUCGGCGAUGUCUGCCCACGACUACUUUAUACACUCGUUUGGAUCUGUCAAACUGUAAGGAUGGUGAAAAAAUCCGCCAACGGUGAAGUUUAUCACCCUCCGGCAGGGGAGAAGAAACUGAAAGUCGGCUUUGUGGGACUGGACCCCGGGGCUGCGGAGACGAGCCGAGACGGGGCACUUCUUAUCGCCGGUUCCGAGAGCACAAAACGGGGCAGCAUCCUGUGCAGACCGAGGUCCAGGGGGAGCAUCGCUCACAAAAGAAACGCGCGUUAUCGCAGACUGCAAAAUUUCCUUUACAAUGCGCUGGAAAGACCCCGCGGCUGGGCGUUCAUUUACCACGCUUAUGUGUUUCUGCUGGUGUUUUCCUGUCUGGUUCUGUCAGUGUUCGCAACAAUCAAAGAAUACAAGAAAAGCUCUGAGAGUGCCUUGUACAUCCUGGAAAUUGUGACAAUCGUGGUGUUUGGUGUGGAAUAUAUUGUGCGGAUUUGGGCAGCGGGCUGCUGCUGUCGCUACAGAGGAUGGAGAGGAAGGCUGAGAUUUGCACGCAAACCCUUCUGUAUCAUCGAUAUCAUGGUCCUUUUUGCCUCGGUGUCUGUGCUGGCCGCUGGCUCACAGGGAAAUGUUUUUGCCACCUCCGCCAUUCGGAGUCUGAGGUUUCUUCAGAUCCUUCGAAUGCUGCGUAUGGACCGGCGCGGUGGCACAUGGAAGCUCCUGGGAUCUGUGGUUUACGCACACAGCAAGGAACUCAUUACGGCGUGGUAUAUUGGAUUCCUUUGUCUUAUCCUGGCAUCUUUCUUGGUGUACUCAGUGGAGAAGGAUGACAAUGCAGAGAUGUUCGAGACCUACGCAGACGCCCUCUGGUGGGGGCUGAUCACUCUUACAACUAUUGGUUAUGGGGACAAGUAUCCUGUCACAUGGAACGGGCGUCUAAUUGCUGCCACAUUCAGUUUGAUCGGUGUAGCUUUUUUCGCUCUUCCUGCGGGUAUCCUGGGCUCAGGAUUUGCUCUAAAGGUUCAAGAGCAGCACAGACAGAAGCAUUUUGAGAAGCGUCGUAACCCUGCUGCAGCUCUUAUCCAGGCAGCUUGGAGAUUUUAUGCCACAAAUCUUUCCCGGACAGACCUGGUGUCCACAUGGGACUUUUAUGAGCAGACUGUGUCGGUCCCAAUGUACAGACUCAUCCCUCCUGUAAAUCAGCUCGACAUAUUAAGGAGCCUGAAGGGAAAAUCUGGUUUCAGGAAGGACUCCCAGCUAGAAGUCGCUCCAAGUAGUGAGAUUUCACACAAAGACACCCUGUGUGGGUGCUGCCCGAGAAGCAAUAGUCGUAAACCCAGCUUGAAAGAGAAAGGCAGUCCCUCUAAAAGCACCGGGGGGAAGGAAGCCAAGACCCCCAAGCCAGAGGAGGGAGUCAAAGAGAGUCCAAGCAAAGUGACCAAGAGCUUGAGCUUCACAGAGCGGAACAAAGCAAAACACGCUUUCAAAAUGAAAGAUGGAGCUUCUCGGCAGAACUCUGAAGUGCUGAUUGAGUUGCAAGACGAGGACUUCGCCAUGAAGCGUUCUCCAGCGAUUGAGGGCUUAAUCAAGGCAAGUCUUCCAGAAGAUUUUGGGGAUGACAGAGGUUUCCACUCUGAGUUUGUGCCGGAUCUGUCUCCGGGACUCAAGGUCACCAUCAGAGCGAUCUGUAUUAUGCGGUUCCUGGUGUCUAAGAGGAGAUUUAAAGAGAGCCUCAGGCCUUAUGAUGUGAUGGAUGUGAUCGAGCAGUACUCAGCAGGCCAUCUGGACAUGCUAUCACGCAUCAAAAACCUUCAGUCCAGAGUGGAUCAGAUUGUGGGAAAGGGAGCUGCGGCAGGAGAAAAGGACAAGCCCAAAAGCGACACGGAGAUGGCUGAGGACCCAAGCAUGAUGGGACGUCUUAACAAGAUGGAAAAGCAGGUGGGGGCAAUGGACCUCAAACUCAACUUUUUGGUCAGCGUGUACACCACACAUAUGGGCAUCCCACGAUCUGAGACCGAAGCCCUCCUUGGCUUUAAAAUCCCUUACCCUGCUCCUCCCUACCACAGCCCUGACGAUAAGAGCGAGAAAGCACAGGACGCGAAUGAAAAGAGUGUAUCCCCUGUCCAUCCUGGUCCCAACGGGACUCCCACCGAUAGCCAGUGUCGGCCCUCUACCUCAUGGCAUCAGCAGGAUGACCAUCCCCUCAGUGUGCCUCUCUGGAACAACAGCCGAGGAGUUUCGCCAAUAGGCACUGAUGACCCCUCACUGUACCGCCUCCCUCCUCCGCCGUUCUAUGAGAAUGGGGACAGCAGCCGCUCACGUAGGUCCAGGAGACCCGUCCAGCAGCAGGCAGCCAUCGAGAGCGACACGUCCCUCUCCAUUCCCUCAGUGGACCAUGAGGAACUAGAGCGCUCUUUUAGCGGCUUUAGCAUUUCUCAGGCCAGGGAAGAGGAUUAUGUGCCUCCGGUGAGUCUGGGGCUUUUUGGUGGAGGCGGCGGGACUCUGUGCACCCGCCUCAGGCCUUAUCUGGCCGAGGGGGAGUCGGAUACGGACUCUGACCUCUAUACACCGGGAGCGCCGUCCCCUCUUUCGUUUACCGGAGAGGGGCCUUUCGGUGACCGGAUGUGGCCUGGUCUGAAAUAGUUUGGAGUUUGUUUAACGGACCAGUAUCCUGGAUGUAGCUGAUGAAUGUGUAUGUGGCCAUUUGGACUUGAUGAAGUGAAUAAUUUUCAAUGUCGAAACACAAAAAUGUGGGAGUGAUUACUGACUACAUUGAUGCCACAGCAGCGAGAAUGAAUCAUAAACAUUGCAAUUAAAAAAUUAAAAAGACCCCAAACAUGGAGGCAAAGGAUGUGUGUGUUCACAAGCAGAAAAGAUUGUGUGUAUUCAAUUACUAGCAUGGAUCUUCAAAUCAAAAAAGGCACCUCUUCUUUAUUAGUUUGCGUAGUCACCACAGCUAAUGCAGUAUCCAAUGCACUUUACCUUAAAAUUGUCAUUUUAAUUCAUGAGAUAUUUAUUUAUUUAUUUAUUUACAUUCUUUUCCUGAAAUGCGUCAUGAGACUGUUAUGAAAAUGAGUAGUUAAUCAGGGCAUGUGUUCGUAGUAAGCAUUUAAUGAACAUUUUAAAUUGAAAGGUUCCUUUGGAGAAAAUAAUUUCAGCCAAAGAAAAAGACGACAGAAAGCUGAGCAUGCCUUACAGGUACUUUUUCCCUCUUACAUUUCUUAUCAGUAGGAUGGAAAGAUGAAUUAAUUUUUUAUAGCUACAUUUAAAGUCAAAGCACUUAGGGAGAGAGAGACAUACUUUUGGAGGAACUAUUAAUAUUUGCAGGAGCCCUGGUGAUGGUCAUAAUAUCCGAGGAGAAAUAUCCAUGCUAUUGUAUGCAGUCAGUUUUAAUUUUCUAGAAUUGGUAACCUGCACUAUGAUAUCAUGUUUUUUGCUGUAGUGAAGAAGGCACUGAAUAAUAAUCGGACCUUAAAAAAAUACAUUAACUGCAUGGCAUGUUUAUGGAAUAUAGCUUGUUGACAACCUAAUAGGAUGACAAACGAGAUGGCAAUGAAAGUCCCUUCAGCUGCAGUCAGAUAUAGUCAUGGAUAAAGGAAUUGAAAAGGUAUCAAUUGUAUUUAUUUGUUUUGUUUUUCCAGGUCAGUUUUACAUUGGAAGCACUUGUUUGUACAGGUUUCCUGUAAGGCCCAGAGACCACAUACAUCUGCAAAUGUAUCACUUUUCUUAGUAAAAAGGAGGAAGAUUAAUCUAUCUAGAUGUGGUUUACAUAAGAAUACAGGGAUAACCAUGUUAAAAGAUAUAAACAUUUUUCAAAGCUGUAUUUCAAAGCGCUGUUCAAACAUUACAAUAUUAGGUUACAUAUUGUAAGGAAAUAAAGUUGGUUUUGUCUCAG